AAAUACUGAGAUGACGUCUACAAAAUCCUUUGUAUCGUGUUGCGCAUUACUUCGACGUUGUGCAGCAAAAACUUUAUCAUCAUAUCCAAUGUGUACUUCAAAUUUAAUAAACUCAAAACAAUUACUUGUUCCAAUGUCAAAAAUACACGAAAGAAGUUAUUCUAUGACAGAUGCUGGAUCAACGAGUUUUGCCAAAGCGUUUGAAGAACAGGAAAAAAUCAAGGAAGAUUUAAAUCUGAUCUCAACACACAAGGUACCAAAAGAAAUAGAUACAAAAACAGCCUCUUUUGCAACAUUACUUCGGUAUUCUUCAUUUAUAAGUCUGGGUGAUUUUCAAGGGAAACAGUUAUAUGGAAGAGUUGUUGAGGUGUUAGACGACAACCUUUUUAUUGAUUAUGGUGGAAAGUUUUUAUGUGUCUGCAAAAAGCCCAGGGAUAGUCCUAGUGAUGUUGGUCCUGGAAGCACUGUGCAAAUUAAAUUAUUGGACUGGGAAUUGUCUGCAAGGUUUCUUGGAGCUACAAAAGAUAUUACAUUACUAGAAUCAGAGGCUAGAAUCUUCAAAGUGGAACCGAAGGUUUCCAGGAAAGGUCCUAACCCCGUGGAUGUUAAUUGAGUGCAAAAGUAGUGUUUGGCGCUUCGUCAAAAAUCGGCUCGACCGGCCGCGGUUUGUUUGCCUCAUGAUACAGCCCUCUGCUAGCCGGUCUAUCUUGUUUGAUUGCAAGCAAACCAGCUUAGAUUGAUCAGAUUUAUUAAAUCUAAUAAUAAAAAGAUAAUUAUGCAAAAACGUGAUUCAAUCCAAAUCCUAUUUUACUGCUUUCCUAGACAAUCGAUUCUAUAUAAAAAGAUAUACGUGACACAUUGUGCGGAAUCAGGAAGUCACUCUUAAUAUUUGGAAGUUUUCUGUCAUGUUUUGGUAAUUCAUGAUCUGAUGGUCCCAUCUUAGUGAGCAAAAACACUCCUGAGCAAUUUAAAUCUCACAGCUCGCUCUUAUUUUUUACUGUCUUUUUUGCAUUUCUGUUAUUUUGAAUGUGUGUCGCAGCAUUUGUUAUUUGAAUUUGCAGUUCAUUAUUCGAACAACUUACUGCAACAUAGCUUUACCCUAGCGAUCUUG